AUGAUGUUCGAAUCAGCACUACCCCUUACUCCUCCGGUUAUUCUCUUCGCUUCGGCAUGUUUUAUUGGCAUAUUACAGCGCUCAUAUCUCACAUGUUUGGCCAUAUAUGCUGCUAUCACGGCAAGUGCCUGUUUGGCAAUUUUCAACCCGCCGUUCAACAAUGCUUUUCUUAACUAUCUGAGCGGGUUCUUCUCCUUCUGGUACAUUAUCUGGUCCACCAGCAUCCUCUUUAUCUACCGUCCGUCGCAGCUACAGCGUCUUCAACGGUACAAUUCUCCAAUAGAGAUAUCCUACCGCUGGGAGCCUUUACCGCCACCUUUCACUUACCAGAGGGCCCUAUGGGCCUGGGACCUAACGACAAACUACCGUGGGGUCGGGUGGGAGCAUGCUAUGCCCAAGGGUGGUUAUUACCCCCUUAAUGUGAACACAAGAGUGAAGAGAAAGAACUUCCACCAGCGUUUAGCCUGUAUAUCCAAGCAGGCACGGCGGAUAAUCACUGCAUAUGUUCUAUUGGACCUUGCUCAGGGCAUCUUGCAUAUAUCUUGGACUGAUAACUUGCUCUGGGCGAGAACUCCGGCUGAGAUAGUUGCUCCCGGAUUAGCUCUGUUUGGAUUCACCGAUGGGCUUCAUGCUUUGACAACCCUGGUCGGCGUAGGGCUACUCGAUGGAGAAGAAUGGAUGUAUCCAGCACUAUUCGGCAAAUUAGAACACUUUAAGCGGAUGCGUAUCAAAGGGUCCUAUUCAGCAUCCCUCGAUACCGAGGCCACGAUGUGGGUGCUGCUCUUCUUUUGUGUCCAACCCGUUGGUGUUGUUUUGCAGGAGUACAUCGCUUUCUCGGUUACAAGCGUUGCGGGAGAGUUGAAGGCGCACCCGGCUGUUCAGAAGAUACGACAGACCCUGGUGUUUACGGCGGGCGUUAUCUUCGUUUACAACACUUUUCCAUGGGCGUGUCAAGACCCAGGGCUGCUGCGAGCUAUCCAAACGGCGCCUCUUCCUCUGAGUAUUGUCCGUUUGUAUCGAUGUCUCAUGUGGACGGUCACUGUCCACGGCGAACUGCCGCUGGUAGAGUUUAUAUCUGCUGUGCGUUUCAUCUCGUCGAGGGGUCAUGGAAAGCUUGACUUUGCAAUGACGUUUAAUCAGAGACAAGAGCCAAAACACCCUGGGCAGGUUCCCCGCCAUCCAAGGUCAAACCGCGGAUGCCAGAUCAAUAUCUCCCUAGAACAGGAUGCUCAAAACCGCAGCUCUGGUUCCGGCAAACAAGCCUGUUUCCUCCGAACAAGCCCCAAACACCUGCCUUGGCUGGCCAGCAUCGCGAAGAUAGCACGAUCAUGGAGAUGGAAUGGAAAACGGGACAUCAUGGAGGUGGAAGAGUUGAUAAGUGUGUUGCUUUGCUACGUGGUACAGAGUAUGAUUGAGUACGCAAUUGACUCUUGUUACUCCGUCCGCCCGCUUGUCCCAUCCCAUCCCAUAGGAACCAGAGGCUGCCAUGGAAACCAGAGAGCAUCGUAUCCCUGCAUGCUCACUGGCCAAGAUCCAGACUUUUGCCAGGGAUUAUUCGUCAAAUCCAUGGAUCAGCCUGGCAGGCCAAGCGAACAAGCCUUUCUGCUGGGAACCACCUCCAGAUGCAGAGUUUGA